ACAAUGGUCCCCCUUCAGAGUUGCCUGUUGUUGAUUGGCUGGUGCGCGUUGUUAUCGGUCACAGGAAUACAUGCUGGAAACACUUGUGAGUUCAAAGGUAAAGUGUACAACGAAGGGGAUACAUGCAAAGACGAUUGCCACACGUGCGUAUGUGUGUACGGUUACAUGAAAUGCUCAAACGAGAUAUGUCCAGAACAAAAGUGUGAAUACAAAGGAGAGAUCUACAAGGAUGGACACAAAUUCAAAGAUGACUGCAAUGACUGCGUAUGCAAUGAUGGCAGAGUAUCUUGCACAGAAAAGGUGUGCCUAAAGAAACCGUGUCAAUACAAGGGAAAUACCUAUGAGAGUGGACAAACAUUCAAGGAUGACUGUAACGACUGCAAAUGUUGGGAUGGAGCUGUUGAAUGUACAAAGCGAGAUUGCCCGAAGAAACCAUGUCAAUACAAGGGAGUCACCUACCAAAGUGGAAAAACAUUUAAGGAUGACUGUAACGACUGUAAAUGUUGGGAUGGAGCAGUGGAAUGUUCAAAACGAGAUUGCCCAAAGAAACCUUGUCAAUACAAGGGAGUAACCUACCAGAGUGGACAAACAUUCAAGGAUGACUGUAACGACUGCAAAUGUUGGGAUGGAGCUGUUGAAUGUACAAAGCGAGAUUGCCCGAAGAAACCAUGUCAAUACAAGGGAGUAACCUACCAGAGUGGACAGACAUUCAAGGAUGACUGUAACGACUGCAAAUGUUGGGAUGGAUCCGUUGAAUGCACAAAAAGAGAUUGCCCGAAGAAAUCGUGUCAAUACAAGGGAGUAACCUACCAGAGUGGACAGACAUUCAAGGAUGACUGCAACGAUUGUAAAUGUUGGGAUGGAGCUGUUGAAUGUACAAAACGAGAUUGCCCAAAGAAACCGUGUCAAUACAAGGGCGUUACCUACCAGAGUGGACAGACAUUCAAGGAUGACUGCAACGACUGUAAAUGUUGGGAUGGAGCUGUGGAAUGUACAAAACGAGAUUGUCCAAAGAAACCAUGCCAAUACAAGGGAGUAAUCUACCAGAGUGGACAGACAUUUAAGGAUGACUGUAACGACUGUAAAUGUUGGGAUGGAGCUGUUGAAUGUACAAAAAGGGAUUGCCCUAAGAAACCAUGUCAAUACAAGGGAGUAACCUACCAAAGUGGACAGACAUUCAAGGAUGACUGUAACGAUUGUAAAUGUUGGGAUGGAGCUGUUGAAUGCACAAAACGUGAUUGCCCUAAGAAACCGUGUCAAUACAAGGGAGUAAUCUACCAGAGUGGACAGACAUUUAAAGAUGACUGUAACGAUUGCAAAUGCUGGGACGGAGCGGUUGAAUGUACAAAGCGAGACUGCCCAAAGAAACCGUGCCAAUACAAGGGAGUUACCUAUCAGAGUGGACAGACAUUCAAGGAUGACUGUAACGAUUGUAAAUGUUGGGAUGGAGAUGUAGAAUGUACAAAACGAGAUUGCCCAAAAAAACCGUGUCAAUACAAGGGAGUAACGUACCCGAGUGGACAGACAUUCAAGGAUGACUGUAACGACUGUAAAUGUUGGGAUGGAGCUGUUACAUGUACAGACAGAGAUUGUCCAAAAAAACCGUGUCAAUACAAGGGAGUAACGUACCCGAGUGGACAGACAUUCAAGGAUGACUGUAACGACUGUAAAUGUUGGGAUGGAGCUGUUACAUGUACAGACAGAGAUUGCCCAAGUGACGCUUUACCCGUAGAUCCCAAUAAUCCUUGCAAACGAUGCUUUUGCCGAAACGGAUUACUACAGUGCGAGUCUGUUAUCUGUCCGGCAUGCGUAGGUUACACUCCACCCGGCCAGUGUUGCCCAAUCUGUGAAAAACCUGCUUACUAG